ACAUUACAAGAAAGCAACUGACCGAACUGCACUGCACUCAAAUACCAGGUAAGAUUAUUGCCUUUUUUUUAACACUCCAAGAUAGGAUUUUACAUUAAAAAAGAUAUGGAAUUUAGAAAUGAAAUUUUAUAUAUUUCAAACUGAAAUUUCAUCUCAAUAACUAAUAUUAUGACAUUUAUUUAGCCUUAUUUGAUUUGGUGCUUUAUUCUCGAGGUCGGCAUGACGUCACAGUCACGUGAUUUUCCUAACAACAUUAUCGCAAAGGUGCAAACAAAGAGUGAGAGCGCACGUGUUGGCUGUGCAGUUUCCCUGACGUUUUUUUGAACUCGUUGAUUUUAACUGUUUCUCCAUUAUAUUUUCAUCGCAUUUUGUACUUCAUUUUGAUUUCAAUUGAUGGACAAUGGUGAAAAUAUGUUGUGUGUACGGAUGUUCCAAGAACAAGGCAAGAUGGCCAGCUUUAUCCUUUUACUUGCUGCCCAACCGAGUCACAGAGCCAGCGAGACGCCAAGCCUGGUUGACCGCGAUUAGCCGGGCGCAGGAGGAGGCCCCUGGGCGGUUGUGGGAACCAAAGUCUGACUACAAUUACAUUUGUUCCUCUCACUUCAUCUCAGGAGCUAAACACAACUCCAAAGACCACCCAGACUACGUCCCAUCAGUAUUUCCACAAUGGCCAUCGAGUGGUUCACCUGCCAAGAGGAAGCUAGAUCGCUAUGAACGUGCAGAAAGAAAAAGGAAACGAGGCGAAAAAGCUCAUCAUAGACCUCGGAAACCAGAUGAAGUCAAGGAUGUACUGGAUGAUCCCCCUGAUGACGACAUCGCGGUGCCCAUUGAAGAAGAAGAGGAAGCAGUGCCCGUUGAUGACGAAGAAGAAGCCGGUCCAGCUCCUCCCGGCUUUCAAGCACCGCUUCAGCCAACUGAACGAGAAUCUUCGAUUCUGGAGAUGGAAGCAUUACGUCGUGAACGUGACGAGGCAAGGAUAAAGGUGCAAGGACUGGAGGACUCUCUGCUAGCUUCAAAUUUGUCAUCAAAGUCGGUGGAGAAUGAUGACAAGAAAUGUAAGAACAUGACAGGUCUGUCAUGGUGUGUAUUUAUGCAGGUCUUUCUUUUUCUGAAGACAUUUAUUACUGCACAUGCCAUCAACAAGGAUAGUUUGCCUCUCCAGGAACAGUUUUUCGUGGUACUUGUUCAAUUGCGCCAAGGUUUAACUUUCGAGUUUAUUGCAACCGUGAAGGGCAUGAAAAAGACUACUGCAAUUGACUACUUUUGGAAAUGGCUUGACCUCAUGCAUGCCAAGCUGGGAUUUCUUGUUAAGUUCCAGGAUCGCAAUUAUAUAUUUCAAACAAUACCUCCAGUGUUUAAGAAUAAAUUUCCUAGACUGACUUCAAUAGUUGAUUGUUUUGAGAUCUUCAUUGAUGCACCGAGGAGGUUGAAGGCCAGGGCUCAGUGUUGGAGUAACUAUAAACAUCACUGCACUGUAAAAGUAUUUAUUUCAUGUAGCCCUCUGGGACACAUAAAUUAUGUAUCAAAAGUGUAUGGUGGCCGGGCUUCUGAUGUUCAAGUUGUUCGAGAAUCCAAUUUUAUGACUUAUGAAUUUCAUAUGCCUGGUGACCAAAUUCUUGCUGAUCGGGGGUUCACCCUCCAGGAUGAAUUUGCCGCAGCAUGUGGUGUUAAUUUGCUUUUACCUUCAUUUACAAAGGGUAAGAGACAACUGUCGGCAGAAGAGGUGGAAACAUCAAGAAAGAUUUCCUCUGUUCGAAUUCACAUUGAGCGUGUUAUCGGGCUUCUCAAAAAUAGGUACAAAAUACUUCAAGGCCCCAUUUCCAUUCAAAGCUUGCAAAAAAUCACUGAUGAGGCGGAUAAGAAGCCUCUUGCAAGCAUCGAUAAGAUAGUCCGAGUUUGUGCUGCCCUCAUCAACCUAGGUGAAGGCAUUGUAUACAGAGAGUAAUUGUGGUCAGUUUCUUGCAACGCUCUUUGAAAAUGUUGCUUUCAAUAUGAAAUUGAAAAGAAGAAAUCUUUGUUUCCACUUCUGCUGACAUGUGUUCACUUUGUCACGCAAAUUACAAAGUGCAUUUUGUUCCCAUGAUUUCCAGCCGUACAUUUCAGAUAACUCUGUAGCGCAGUCCCUUUAUCGUAGCCAAAGUAUACCUUCCAAAAAAGCCUAUAAAUCUUUUUUAAGCUUAAUCAACUCGGCUGUCAAUGGUUUAAUGAUUCAUAUUUAUUUCAGAUCACUCCUGUUUUGAGAGAUAUUUCGAGACAUAUUUGUCACAAGGUCUCAGGUUUUUUCCAUGUCCUUUUUUUGUAAUGUUACCAGGAUUGUAAUAAAGUACAUUUUUUAUUUAAAAAAAAUGAUUUUUAUUGUGUUAAAAUGGAUUAAAACUUAUUUUAACAAAUGAUGGAAUUUCCUCUAAUUGGUUUAUAAGCUAUACACAGUUUUUUAGUUGUCAAUGGAUCACUACUUGAUUUUCACUUAAUUUCUAAUAGAAAUAACAUUUCCAAAAAAUUAUUACUCAUAAAUCAUGGAAAAUUUAAUAAUUUAAAAAUGUGAACCUAUCCUUAUAGCUACUUUUCCAGUCUUGACGGAUUUUUAUAGGUCUACACCCUAUACAAUGCUAAAAAUUCGACCACAAAAUAUACUCAUGAAAUAUGUGACUUAGUGAGAUUUACAUUUUCAGCAAAAUUAAAUCUACUAAAUUCUUUUUACUCCUAUCAUGUUGCUGUUCUCUCAUGAUGCAUGUGAACAUUAACCAUGUCACAUGUUACACCACAACAAGCACAUGGCUUGAACUAUUUCUUUUACUUAUUCCUUAAAUGUAAAAUGUUUCACAAAUUUUCAUGAGUAAAUUUUAAAAAUAAAUUAUGAACUGCUGAGCAAAUGAUAUAUUUUUCCUGUCAAAUCAAUGGAAGUGAUAAAAAGGAAUUAAAGAAUAAUAGAAUUAAAAACUGACGUAUACUGCUUUAAUUUCAAUCAGUCUUCUAAGAAGUGGUAAUAGGGAGAAUAGAAAUAUAUGAGAAAUAGAGACAGAGGGUGAGAAUAAAGGAAAAAAGAAAGAGAAAGAAAUGGGUAAUAGAUAUUGAGUUGAGAUUGUUAAAAGAAGAAAAGAAAUUAACUAGUUAAAAAAAAUCUAAACACACUCAUUCAAAUUCCCAUCGAAGCAAAUUUUCAACACAAGUCAAUGUUUUUUUAAAACAUUAUUUUCAAUUAGACAGGUGUUUUGAACGUGCCAACCCUGUUACUUACCGACAAUAAAAGUUGCUAUUGCAACAAAUACUAUUUGAA